AUGUCAUCAGGUUUCGUUUCAUCCGGCACAAACGACCAGCCGAUCGAGCGGGAUGAUGAGUGGCUCAGAGCGCAGCAAGAGCUGGAGGAGGAGCGGAGACGGAAGGCCGAGAUAGGGAAGCAGGAUGAUGGCAAAAGUCUCUUUGAGGUGCUGGAGCGCAAUAAAAUGGCCAAACAAGAAGCCUUUGAAGAGAAAUCCCGUCUCAAAAACCAAUUCCGAUCCCUCGAUGAAGAUGAAGUCGACUUCCUGGAUUCCGUUCUCGAAUCCACACGCGCCAAGGAGGCCGCUGUGAAGAAGGAGACUGCGGAACAACUGGCAGCCUUCCACCGACAGCGCGAGGAGGCACAGAAAGCACUACUCGAAUCAACCUCACUGGAGGUGCCGCCCGUGAAAAGUGAUCAAUGGACUGCACUAGCUCGCAAGAGACGGAAUGACAAACACAGGAGCGCAUUGAUUUCAGGAAAGAAGCGCAAAGCUUCAGCUACUGAUAACGCUACCGGGAAGGACACAAAUAAUGGGGAAGACUCGCAGAAACAGGAUGAAGCUGGCGGUUCAAGUACUAAAAAGCUGGACCAAGGGAGUUCGAAGUCCGAUCAAGUUACACCCAUUGCUCCUGCUACACAGCCCAAGGUGGUGACAGAUACAGAGAAGGGCCAACCAAAGGCAAAAUCCCCGACGAAACCACCCCUGGUUUCGCUUGGUCUGGCAGGAUACAACUCGGACUCGGAAUGA